AUGAAGUUCGCCUACAUCUGGGGGUUGCUAGUUACAACCUCGGUAGUUAACUGUGCCACUGUCACAGUUAAAGAGGUGGACGCCCAAAUCACUGAUUCGACCGUCCUGCUUGAAAAGAGAUACAAAGAUGUGGUGGUGAACAAGGACUACAAAAAACUCCAAGAGAUGAAGAGUUCUCCUCCAACAACUGAUGACGGCCCCUCUCCGUGGUUGAGAACCAUUUACUCGAACAAAAAGGAGAUUGUGACUCCUACUGUCAUCGCUGGUGUCACAUUCAGCGCAAAGCCCCCGGCCACAACGGAUGGCUUAGAACCAUGGAUUUCGUUGAAAAAAGAUGGUUCUCCAAAGACAAUUAAGCCCAAAAUGAAAAAUGGCAAGAUCCAGAACAAGUCACCAGACUAUAAUACUUGGUUCCAAACUCCUGUCACCCGGACCUAUACCAAGGAAGAAUUACAAGCUCACAACCAAGAAGAUGAUCAAAUUUUCGAGCAUGUGGAAUACUUACCUGAGGAUCUCACAUAUAAAAUGUUGAAUCCGAUCAUCAGAUGUACUCCGGAAUUCUACAAGAAAAAGGGAAUGGCGAAAGACAAGUCGUCCGAGCCCUUCUGUUUCCCAAGUGACAAUUCGAACUGGAAAGCGGAUAAAACAUACUUUGUUACAUGGUAUCAUCGCUUUUUUGACGAUGAAGUAAAGAAUGUAAGACUUCAUUUGUCCUAUGUCAGAGAAUCUCUUAGACAAAAAGGUCUUAAGAGAGAUGAAGUGAUGAAUCUGACUGUUUCUGUCGACAAAUACUCCAAGAGAUCUUCUGUGAUGGAGAAAGGGGGUCUGUUGGAUGGUAAGUCGUUCUUUGUGUCAGAUUGGGUCGCUAAAGAUGAAGGACUUUUACCGAUAACAGUGGAUCCUGAGUGGAUUGGGGACGACUUUUACAGAAAAAUUCUGAUUUCCCUUCAGCCAGACACUGUCGACGAUGAAGAAUUUGAUCGUAUGAAGAAUUUUGUGGUUGUGGAAAUUGCCAAAGGUGCCAAAGUAGCCAAAGGACACCUUGAAGACAUCAAAAAGCAAGAGGAAAGAGAAAGAUUGAAAGCAGAACUUGGAGAUGACUACGUUGUCGAAGAAGGUAUCGAUUAUGAAAAAUACAUGGUAAUGAUGUCCUUGCCUCUUUGUGUUCUUGUUGCAGCAUUUGGUAUGUACCUCUUUGUCUUGUUGAACAAAAGGAACACCGACUUGUCGUUCCUAAAAAAGGUGAAAUUCAACCACAAGAAACCAAAGUCAAGAAAAUACACUGAAUUACCCCAAUGGGAAGGGCCCAAGAAUGAUUGA